AUGUCGGCAUUAACAUAUACCCAAAGAGCUGCUUCUCACCCAAGUCCCCUGGCAUCUAAGCUAUUCAAUAUAAUGGAGGCCAAAAAGACCAAUCUUUGUGCGUCACUCGAUGUCCGUACCACUGAGGAACUGCUUCGACUAGUAGAGACUCUUGGUCCAUACAUCUGCCUUUUAAAGACGCACGUGGAUAUCCUUACUGAUUUUUCCAUGGAGGGAACUGUCAAGCCCUUGAAAGAAUUGGCUAAGAAAUUCAAUUUCUUGAUCUUCGAGGACAGAAAAUUUGCUGAUAUUGGUAAUACUGUCAAAUUACAAUAUUCAUCUGGUGUAUAUAGAAUUGCAGAAUGGGCAGAUAUUACCAACGCUCAUGGUGUAACUGGCCCAGGUAUUAUUGCAGGAUUAAAGGAAGCUGCAUCUGAAGUCACCAAGGAACCCAGAGGUUUAUUAAUGCUAGCUGAAUUAUCAUCGAAAGGCUCUUUGGCUCAUGGUGAGUAUACACGAGGCACUGUAGAAAUGGCAAAGAUUGAUAAAGAAUUCGUUAUCGGAUUUAUUGCCCAGCGGGAUAUGGGUGGUAGAGAUGAAGGAUUUGAUUGGUUGAUUAUGACACCCGGCGUUGGAUUAGAUGAUAAGGGUGAUGCUUUAGGGCAGCAAUACAGAACUGUUGAUGAUGUUGUAUCUACCGGUUCAGAUAUAAUUAUUGUAGGUAGAGGUUUGUUCGGAAAAGGAAGAGAUCCUAGAGUGGAAGGUGAACGUUACAGAAAGGCCGGAUGGGAGGCAUACUUGAAGAGAUGUGGUAAGUCAGCAUAA